CAUUCCUCAGCAGGUGCAGGUGAGUGUACCAUGAACUUCCUCCUUAGUUGUGUCUCCAACCUGACUUACCAGUAGGACGCAGUCAACUUUCCGUGGACGAUCUAUUCGGGAUUUAUUUAUAUUCCACACAAUUAACACACUUUCAUGACUUAAAAUGAAAGAAGGUUCGAGGAGAAGUUUGUUUUAUUGAAUUCAGAUUUGCGUCUGUAUUCUAUAUGAGGAGUGCGUAAAUAAUUAUGAAAAGCGGCAGUAUGACAGUAAUCCAGGAGCGCUUAUCUCUGUGCUGGCAACGCUUUCUGUCUUGUUUUAAGAAACCGACUCAGGCUAACAGUGAGCUGACUGUCAACCCUGCGGAAACUGUGACAGUGCCUGAAAACGACGCAGCGACAGGCGGAGAGCUGUACAUCGCUCUUUACGACUACUCACCCCGCACGAAUGGUGACCUGUGCUUCUACGCCGGAGACCUGCUGGAAGUUCUGGACAGAAGCGCAGGAGAGUGGUGGUUCGCUAAAGCCCACUCUGGCCUGUCCGCCUCCAAACAGGGAUACAUCCCUUGCAACUAUGUGGCCCCAGUGGAGAGCGUCUACGCAGAACAAUGGUACUUUCCCGAUGCCAAGAGGCCCGAUGCCGAGAAAAUGCUUCUUACUGGAGAGAACCAAAAUGGCGCUUUCCUUAUCAGAAAGAGCGAGACUCAGAAAGGAGAGCACUCCCUGUCAGUGCUGGACAGUGGGAAAGUGAAGCAUUACAAGUUGCGAAAAUUGGACACUGGCCAGUACUAUGUGUCAAGAACGAGGUGCUUCGAAACCCUCCAGGACCUGGUGGCGCAUUAUUCCAGACAGUCCGAUGGCCUCUGUGUUCAACUGAGGGAACCAUGCAAAAAGAUUGAAGUCCCACAGACGUUUGGUUUGUCCUACAACACAGUGGACCACUGGGAGAUUGACCGCAACUCUAUCAAGCUACUGAAGAAGCUGGGAAUGGGUCAGUUUGGUGAAGUCUGGGAGGGAGUCUGGAAUAACACCACACCCGUGGCGGUGAAGAAGCUCAAACCUGGUAUGAUGGCUCCAGCAGACUUCCUAAGAGAGGCUCAGAUCAUGAAGACGUUGCGGCAUCCCAAGCUGAUUCAGCUGUAUGCUGUUUGCACCAUGGAAGAGCCCAUAUACAUCAUCACGGAGCUGAUGAAGAACGGCAGCUUGCAAGAAUACCUGAUAAAGGAUGGGGGAAGCACACUUUCGUUGCUUGAUCUGACAGAAAUGGCAGCACAGGUGGCAUCAGGAAUGGCCUACCUGGAGUUGCAGAACUACAUACACAGAGACCUUGCAGCCCGCAAUGUCUUGGUAGGAGAGAACAACAUCUGCAAGGUUGCGGAUUUUGGACUCGCUAGGCUCAUCCUGGAAGAGACCGAGAAGGUGUAUCUAACCAGUAAGAGCAUACAACUUCCUGUGAAAUGGACUGCUCCAGAGGCCAUUACCAACAACAGGUUCAGCAUAAAAUCGGAUGUCUGGUCCUUCGGAAUUCUGCUUUACGAGAUCAUCACUUAUGGAAAGAUGCCUUAUCCAGACCUUUCAAACCAACAAGUAAUCUACCAACUUUCUCAAGGCUACAGAAUGCUAUGCCCUCCUAACUGCCCCGAAGUUAUGUACAAAAUCAUGAUGGAGUGCUGGAAGGAAAAUGAACAGGAACGGCCUACGUUUGAAACCCUGCAGUGGAAGCUGGAAGACAUUUUUGAUAUGGAUGUGAUUACCUACUCCUAGCGACGAUUCCUCCUCGAAACUAGCACAAUAAUCAAACUAACACAAAUGAAACAAAAAUACUUUUGUAUAUUUAAUAAUGUGAAAUAUAUGACAACAUUUGAAAGACGUGAUAUAAAAAGCUCGAAAAACAUAACUGAUGACCCUGGAGCAGAUCAAAGCAAUGUUCAUGCGCUGGAGCAACACAGAGUGAGCGGCAGAUUUUCAGUCUACUGGAUUGCACAAUCUCAGCUGCAGCUAGCAUUAUAAUUAGACCCCUUCCUAGAAAAAAUUUCAUCUGAAGAUUUAAGUCAAUCAAUCUAAAAAUCCAAGAUUUGUAGGUUUAACUGAAUAUAGUCAAUGGUUAAACCAGGCGUGUGCAAAAUCUUGGACCCGUAGGCCACAACUGUGCUAAAAUUUAGGAGCAGAUAGAUGGAGCCUUCGUGUGAACUAAGAUAAAUGACACAUAAAAGUCAUGCAUAAAGGCUAAAAUACUAAAAUGCUUUUUAUCAUCAUCAUCGCCAUCUAGUGGGGAAACGGUAUGGGUAUUGCAGGGAAAAGGCAGAAGUAUAAUGAUAAUAUUAAUUAGUUAUAUAAUUUUGGGAAAAAAAAAUUGGCAGACAAUUAAAAAGAUGAAUGGGCCACAUCCGGCCACAUUCAUUUUACACAACGAUCUAUCAGUGUAUGUGCAGCAAAUAUGAAGCAAUCAGAAAAAACUGAAGACACUGCUAAAUCUCAAAAGCAUUACGGCAAAAUGCUAAACUAUGAACUCUUGCCGCCAUGAUAACUGUUAUAUAGCAUAUCUAUAUGUAUGUACGUAUAUACGUAUAUAUGUAUUAACAAACCUAUAUAUGUGUGUUUAUGUACAAAUACAUUCACGUAUGUUUACUAUAGCGUGAUCCUUUGCACAUACAGUAUGAUUUUACGUUAUUUGAGUGUAAUGAAUAAUUGUACGUUUUAACCAUGCUAAUAUUCCAAUGGAAUUUUGAUCUUUUCAUCAUACAAUAAAGUGAAAUAUUUAUUACAUUGUUGCUCACGGUAUUCCUGGUUGGCAGUUGGUCUUUCAGUUCAGAGUUGUAAUAAAGUUGAAAUACUAUUGAGAACCUGAUAACGUGUAUAUUUUUAUC